AUCCUCUCCCUUCUUCACUGCUACUCCAGUUCUUGGCCAUCUUAGUUUCCUCCCUCUUCUCUUCCCUCAUCACGCAUCCACCGUCCAUCAUCUCGCCUCCAUCUUCGCGUUUGCACCGUCCGAUCCACCCUCACACCCUCUACACCCCAUCCCCGCUAAGAUGGCCUUCCUGAAGAACGCGAUCCCCCUUGCGCGCCGAGCCCUGUCCUCCGCGGCAGGCUCGGCACAGCCUCGGAAGGUGGCGGUUCUGGGUGCUGGCGGCGGCAUCGGGCAGCCUCUGAGCCUUCUGAUGAAGACGAAUCCGCUUGUAACGGAUCUGUCGCUGUACGAUGUGGCUGGUACUCCCGGCGUGACUGCUGACAUCAGCCACAUCUGCUCCAACGCCAAGGCGAAGGGGUAUAUGGGCGCGGACGAGCUUGCCGGCGCGCUGGAGGGCUGCGAUCUGGUGCUGAUCCCCGCUGGCGUGCCACGUAAGCCGGGCAUGACGCGGCAAGAUCUCUUCAACAUCAACGCCAGCAUCGUCAAGGGGCUGUGCGAAUCCAUCUCCAAGAACUGCCCCACGGCGGCCGUGGGCAUGAUCAGCAACCCCGUGAACUCCACGGUGCCCAUCGCGUCGGAGGUGUUCAAGAAGGCCGGCACGUACGACCCCAAGAAGCUCUUCGGCAUCACCACGCUCGACAUCGUGCGCGCGAGGACGUUCUACGCCGAGGCCAAGGGGCUCAACGCGGAGGAUGUGAGCAUCCCCGUGGUGGGGGGGCACGCGGGAACCACCAUCAUCCCACUGUUCUCCCAGGCGACGCCCCUGGUGGAGCUGUCGGACGAGGAGCGGGAGCAGUUGACCAAGAGGACUCAGGACGGCGGCACUGAGGUGGUGCAGGCCAAGGCGGGCAAGGGCUCCGCCACCCUCUCCAUGGCAUACGCAGCAGCAGUGUUCGCUGACUCGCUGCUCAAGGCCAUGAACGGCGCCCCCAACGUCGUUGAGUGCACAUACGUGGAGUCGACGCUCACCGAGGCCCGGUUCUUUGCCUCCAAGGUGCGUCUGGGCCCCAGUGGAGCGGAGGAGAUCCUUCCCUUGGGCAACCUCAUCCCGUACGAGGAGAAGGCCAUCCAGCGCGCGCUGCCUGAGCUCAUGGAGUCCAUCCAGGCUGGCGUUGACUUUGUCAAGAACGCCUAGACAGUAGAUACUUGGUCUUGGGCCCUUGGCCAACCCUGAAUGAAUUGACUCACUUGAGUUGAUAUAAUGAAGACUGCCUGAGCUCAUUGAGUCCAUCCAGGCUGGUGUUUGACUAGUUAAGACCACAUAGACAGUAGUCAACUGGAUUGGCUUUGACUUCAUGAUGCGUGACUUGUCUUGUUGAUUUGUUCCGGGUCAAUCUAAUGAAGACACAACUGGAGGACACUACCUAGCAUGAGCAACAGAUUUUGAUUU